GGGAUCACGUGGCCACCGGGAGUCUCCGUCUGGAAAGUCUUACACAUUUAUAGGCUGAUAAUAAUAUUAUAUUUAUCACAACGGACGCCUUUUUUUCUGAACUCAAACGUGGAGGUAGGCUGGCUCUCCGGACCCCGGUGCGUAAUAUAAACCUCACAGCCGGCACAGUAUGGAGAAGUGCGGGAUGUUUACGCACUCGUUAUCCCACCAAGAAGCUGCACUAUUGCUGCUUUGUUGUUGUAGUUAGCACCUGGCGUCUACUUUAUAAAUCUGUGGAUAACGUUAGGCAGUACUAAACAAGUGAGUCUCUAACCCGGUAAUAAACACCCGGUGAGUUGGCUCCAAACAUUCCAGCUGUGCCUUUUUUAAUUGUCUUGAUACCAGUAACUUACUCCCGAGGACAUGCUCCGAAUCUGAGUGUGUUUUGGGUGUUCAAAGUGUGACACAAUUUUCAACGAACAAUGAAGUCGCCCCUGGCUCCCGGAAUACGAUUUGUCACGUCCUUUUCUCGGGAUAGUUGGUAUCGUGGUUAUACUCUCUUCCUCACCUUCCUCUUCUACACGGCCUACCAUCUUUCUCGGAAACCUAUCAGCAUUGUUAAGAGUGAGCUGCACAGAAACUGUUCCUCAGUCAAUCGGCCUGCAGACCUCAACAUAACCAACAAUGCUACUUGGUGUGACUGGGCGCCCUUUGACCAGGACAACUAUCAGACACUGUUUGGGGUCUUGGAUAACUCCUUCCUGGUUGCCUAUGCCAUCGGCAUGUUUUUCAGUGGGAUAUUUGGAGAGCGCCUGCCUCUGCGGUACUACCUGAGUUUUGGGAUGGUGAUGAGCGGAUUGUUCACAUGUCUGUUUGGCCUCGGCUUCUACCUGAAAAUCCACUCAUUAGGGUACUACGCCGCCAUCCAGGUCAUGAACGGGCUCAUGCAGACCACCGGUUGGCCUGCAGUGGUGGCUUGUGUCGGCAACUGGUUUGGAAAGGGGAAGCGUGGGUUCAUCAUGGGUGUGUGGAACUCCCACACCUCAGUGGGAAAUAUCUUGGGCUCCCUCAUCGCGGGAGUCUUCGUGUCCUCGGAGUGGGGAAUGUCCUUCAUCGUCCCCGGACUCAUUAUCACCUGCACUGGGAUCCUGUGCUUCUUCUUCCUGGUUGAGAAACCUGAACACGUCAACUGCACUUCUCCUCAACACUAUAGUGAAAAGGAGGGCGACGAGACAGAGUCUGUCACGAAUAAUGACAUCGCCUACGGUUCCAUCACCGCUGAUCCGGCGGAGGUUGUUGUGGAGCACACAGAGGCCAUCAGCUUCAGUGGCGCUCUCCGUAUACCUGGAGUGGUGGAGUUCUCUCUCUGCCUGCUGUUUGCCAAGCUGGUCAGCUACACUUUCCUGUACUGGCUUCCUCUGUACAUCUCCAACGUUGCACACUUUGACGCAAAAGAGGCAGGAGACAUGUCGACAUUGUUUGAUGUAGGAGGAAUCGUGGGAGGCAUCAUGGCGGGCCUCGUGUCUGACUACACAGGUGGGCGAGCGACAACUUGCUGCGUCAUGUUGCUCACUGCUGCCCCAAUGCUUUACCUCUAUAAUUAUAUUGGACAAAGGAGCAUCGGUACUACAGUCGGUAUGCUGCUAUUAUGUGGAGGCCUGGUGAACGGACCAUACGCCCUCAUCACUACUGCUGUAUCUGCUGACCUGGGAACACAUGAGAGCCUGAGAGGAAACUCCAGGGCGUUGUCAACAGUGACGGCAAUUAUUGACGGGACUGGUUCAAUAGGAGCUGCGGUGGGUCCUCUGUUAGCCGGUGUGAUCUCUCCCACGGGCUGGAACAACGUCUUCUACAUGCUCAUCACUGCCGACCUCUUAGCCUGUCUGUUUUUGUCCAGGCUCGUUUACAAAGAAGCUCAUGGUUGGUGUCGACGUAUCCCCCGAGCCAGAGGGUACAAAGAGAUCUGAAAUACUCACACAAUCAAACUGGGAACCAAACAGAGAAAAGAGGGAGACGAUGAUGAAACUGACCUGAACUGAUCUGAAUGGAAACCAGUGGCGAAUUCAAGGCAAUGCAACUGAUGAUCGAAGCCUUCUUCUUAUUGUAAAACAGAGAGAAAUAUGUUUUUAUGGAGACAUUUUUUUAUGACUGAUCUACUCAUUCUAACUUGUUUUAAUAUUAUUUUAUCAUUAAACGUGUACAUACUG